UGGACAAGUCGGCGGCAGCACCACGUGUACUGUGUUGACUGUCAAAGCGUCAAGGAGCCCAAUUCCCGGAAGCUGUGAGUUCUAAAAGAAGUUCCUGUACUCUAGUGUCCCGGCUCUGCGAACCCCAAUCAUGAGCGCCCCGGGAGUGCUCUCCUUUACCCAGCAAGGUUGGGAGCAGGUGCUGGCCAAAGUGAAAUGGGCUCUGGUCUAUCUGGACGCCGCCUGCGCGGAGAGCUUGCACUGGGGCUGCGGAUCCACGCGACUCCUGGAGGCGGUGGGAGAUCCUGCGUGUCACCUGCGGGAGUUCGAGCCCGCAGCUGUCGGUGGUGGAGCCGAGCAGCCUAAGGCGGUGUUUGUGCUGAGCUGCCUGCUGAAAGGCCGGACCGUGGAGACCCUGCGGGAUAUCAUCUGCCGCAGUCACUUCCAGUAUUGUGUGGUGGUCACAGCCGUGAACCACGCUGUCCACCUCACCGCUAAUCACGUGCCGGCGGCUGCAGCGGCGGAGCUGGAAGGGCAGCCGGUGUUCGAGCAACUGGAGGAGAAACUGUGUGAGUGGAUGGGCAAUAUGAACUACACGGCCGAGGUGCUGCACGUCCCGUUUUUGCUCGCACCUGUUGCUCCCCACCUUGCCUUGACUCCAGCCUUUGCUUCCCUUUUUCCACUGCUACCCCAGGAUGUGCAUCUCCUUAACAGUGCCCGACCAGACAAGAGGAGGCUAGGAAGCCUGAGUGAGGUGGAUGCCACUGCCCUGCCCCCUGAGCUGCUUCUGCACAUCAGGUGCCUGGUGUCAGGCCUCAGUUCUCUGUGUGAGCAUUUAGGGGUGCGGGAGGAGUGUUUUGCUGUAGGUUCCCUCAGUCGGAUCAUCGCUGCAGAUCUGGCUAAUUAUGGCCCUGCCAAGAACAGGAGGAAGACUGCCACAGGCAGGGCAUCAGUGGUCUUUGUAGACAGAACUUUGGAUCUCACGGGAGCAGUUGGACAUCACGGAGACAACUUGGUAGAGAAGAUCAUUUCAGUGCUUCCCCAGCUUCCAGGCCACACCAACGACGUGAUGGUUAACAUGGUGGAGCUUACGGCACUCCAGAAUGAGGAGAAAAAUCAAAGUAUGGUUGCACCAGGCUGUCUUGCACAAUCCAAUGACCCAGCUGCCAGAGCUCUGUGGGAAGCCUUACUGAGCACCAAGCACAAAGAGGCAGUGAUGGAAGUCCGGAGACAUCUAGUGGAAGCAGCAAGCAGAGAAAACCUGCCAAUCAAGAUGAGUAUGGGGAGAGUAACUCCGGGGCAGCUCAUGUCCUAUAUUCAGCUCUUCAAGAACAACGUCAAAGCUUUAGUGAAUCACUGUGGGCUCCUACAGCUUGGGCUGGCCACGGUUCAAACCCUGAAACACCCGCAGACUGCCAAGUGGGACAACUUUCUGGCUUUUGAAAGACUCCUUCUCCAGAGCAUUGGGGAGUCAACAAUGUCUGUUGUGUUAAAUCAGCUGCUGCCCAUGAUUAAGCCUUUGGACCAGAGGACCAAUGAUGACUACAGCCCUGAAGAGCUGUUGAUCCUCCUGAUAUAUAUUUAUUCUGUCAGUGGAGAGUUCACAGUGGACAAAAACCUGGGGGAAGCUGAAGAAAAAGUGAAGAAAGCACUGGCUCAGGUCUUUUGUGAAGAGUCUGAAUUGUCACCUUUGCUACAAAAAAUCACAGGCUGUGACUCUUCAAUUAAGCUGACAUUUCACAAAUCCAAAAUUGCUGCAGAUGAGCUCUUCGCCUCGCUUCGGGAUAUCGCUGGAGCUCGGAAUCUCAUGAAACAGUUUAAGUCUGUGUAUGUUCCUGGAAAUCAUACCCACCAGGCAUCCUAUAGGCCAUUGUUGAAGCAGGUUGUGGAAGAAAUAUUUAAUCCUGAGAGGCCAGAUCCAGUGGAUAUUGAACACAUGUCUUCAGGCCUCACCGAUCUCCUUAAAACUGGAUUCAGCAUGUUUAUGAAGGUGAGCCGGCCUCAUCCCAGCGACCACCCUCUCCUGAUCCUCUUCGUGGUGGGCGGGGUCACGGUCUCAGAAGCCAAGAUGAUCAAAGACCUUGUGCCGUCCCUGCAGCCAGGAACCCAGGUCAUCGUGCUGUCCACGCGACUCCUGAAGCCACUUAACAUUCCUGAGCUGUUAUUUGCCACUGACCGGCUGCAUCCAGACCUUGGCUUCUGAGCGGCUGCUAAGAGGAGACCUGCCCGAGGUGGAAACACCCAUCCUGUUGCCUGCCACCAUUCAAGAUAUGCCUCCAAACCCAGUGUCCUCUUGCUAAUUGUGGGGAGGACAGAAUUCUGCCCCAAAGGUCUUGAGAACCAUGUAGCAAAGUGCUUUGCUUGGACUGCCGGCAAGUCUUUAAAAAUAAUAAUAAUAAUAAUAAUUCAUUUUUCUAAAGGUGUCUAUCUUUCAGCUGGCUUCAUUCGACAUAAUUCCCAUUUCUCUGUUUGUGAUCUUCCUGAUUCCAACUGCAAGCUCCUGAAUUCUACAUAAUCGCCUGUUGGCAAGUGUUGGUAGCUUACAAGCUAUUUGAUCUACAGUUGCUCAGGAAAUUAGACAUGCUUUAGAAUUAUGAGUGUGAAGAAAGUUUGAUUUUCCUUAAGGUUAUGUAACUGGGGAGGGUACCUUGCAAAUUGGAUCUGAGAGCUUGCUGAAAAGGCAAGGAACGGAGGGGUUAGCAGCUAGAGCCAUGCUGGUAGCCCACGGGCCACGUAACUUGGCCUGUCAUUACAAAGGGCGGCGUUGUCCCCGCGAGCCCACCAGGCAGGGUCCCCAGGCUACUUGCAACAGUAGUGGGAGAGAGGUUGAUUGGAGGGCUGGCUCUGCCCAUAAAAGCUUUCCUCCCCUCCCAAAGGAAGGCCCCCAUAAAGGUUCCUGGUCCAGGGAGUCUAGAUGGGAACCCCAACCCCUGGGACUUUUAUGAGUUAGUGUUUCUAUUGAAAUAGAAAGCUCUUUUUUCAGUUUGUCUCACUUUUCCUUCUGGUCAUGGCAGAAAAACCUAGACCCAACUAGGGAAAUUAUUUAAGAACUCUGGCAAAAAUGACCUGCUUGGAACCCACACGUUUGUAGGUGUAUGGUUCAUGGAAAUUUCUAGCAUCUCUAAAAGAUGUGUGUAAUGAAGAGAGAAAGCUGAAAAACAGUUCUAGAGUGGGUUAAACAGGUGGGCAAAGUAAAAUGUAAAUCAAAACACUCAUGUGUCUCGGAUUUUAGUUCCCUGUAAAAUGUUAUUUUAUGAAAAAACUGUGAAGUUGGAAAUCAUUCUGAGGUGCAAAGCAGGUUUUAUAGACACCAAUGCUCUUCUUCUUCUUUUUUUUUUUUUUUGGUCCAGUAUGUUUUCCACCUAAUACCAGUGGUGCUGAUAUGAGAGAGUCCACAUGCUUCUUUCAUUCCCCUGAUCUAGAAGUUCGAAUCUGAGUAAGGGAGAAAAUGGCGAUAGCCCGAAAGAAAUGCUAAUUAAAGCAGAGAUCACUCUUUUUUAAAAUUAAAAAAAAUAAUAAUAAUAACCUGUUAGUGUGUUAGUGUGCAUUCAUUCAUUUCCACAUAUUGAGUGGCAUGUUCUGGGCACUCUGCGAGGUUCUGGCCACCCUGGUGAGGGAGCCACAUGCGCCCCUGACUCUGGAGCUCUCGCAGACUGAGCAGCUGGGGCUUCUCCCGGGGCUCUGGCUCUGUGUGAGUACCUGCUCGAGGUAAAGUCCUACACCACACGUCUGUAUGCAAAGGAAACCCUCUGGAAAUUUAAAAACCAAACUGCUAAUAAGUAGUGCCUCUGGAAAGGAGUAUGGUGGGAAGGCUCAGAAAAGGGGGAGUCUCGCUCUCAAUAGACUUCUGUGUUGUUUGGAUGUUCUCCACAGCAAACCUUGCUGGUGUAUUACUUUUGUGGCUUUCUGUAUUUUUACAAGUUGAUUUUGUCUUUUAAAAAAGAAUACUGCAGGGGCACCUGGG